AUGUUAUUCAUUGGCGGUAAUCCACGAGCAGUUGAUAGUACUUUAGAAUAUGAUGACGAGCACCCAUAUAUCACAGUUGCCGUAAAAGAACGAUGGGAUAUCACGAAAGUUGUCCUCUGCGCUGUAUUUCUGUACGCCAUAACGUCGUUNUUAAUCUUCCCAACUGUUGUUUUGGUUUAUACGAAAAUAGCACUGAAGGGUGAUCAGCGGCGAAAUCUCUGGUUUUGCAUCUUUGCUGGCUUUGCUGGUUUUGCACUGAAAAUUUCGGCAAUAAUUGUUUUCGUCAUAAUGUUCCCGAUCGGCAAAGAAGAACCGUCCAGAUUCCGUGGUUCAUCAUCAUUGAGGAAACUCAUCAGUGUAACAGGUUAG